AUGUAAAAUGUAAACAAAAUUCUAACAAUAUCCUAACAAUAAUACAAACUUUAUUAUUUCAAGUUAGUAAUGUACGUGGAUCCUAUCUUAAAAAUACGUAUGAGAACAAGUUUUCAAAUUAUAUUUUCAUGUUCACUGAUUUCGUCGAAAAAAUUAUAUUUGAUGUACGCGGAAAUGAACGGUAAAGUUCCAAAUCAGUAAUCCCGGGUAAUGAACGAUAUAAAACAGAUUCACCGUAUUUCCCCGGCAUAACUGGUGAUUCCCGACCCGAAUCACAACGAAUUUGUUAAGAGACACGUACGCAUCUACAUUAUGCAACGAUACGAGGAAUUGCGGACGAUUUGAGGAACUUUUCUGGUCGCGUGAAUCCAUCUAACAUACAGGCGACUCAGACGUUUUAUUUUAUGUAAAAUAAUCUAUCUAUACGAUCGUCGUCUUUCCGAGAAUCGACAUAGACAAUUAUUAAAACAUCCUGAGCUUAAAAUACUUAAAUAGUUUCAUGUCUAGAAAUCGUAAUUAGAUAAUAUAAUUGAAUAAUUUCUUAAUUAUCCUUAAACCAGUCUCCGAUUCAAAGAUUCAUUCUCGAGAUAUUCUAUAAAUUCUAAAAUUAUUCGGAUCUAAGAUUAGCUUCGUAUAAAUACAUAUGUAGAGCAUCGUGAUUAUCGAGCUAUCACGUUGUCAAGCAAACAACCAUCGUCGCUAACUCUCAGGUAGGAAGUAGCAUUCCUACAGUCAUUGGUUCAAGCUGGACACGGGAACUGGUAGACAUACACUUUGCAAAUCAGACUUUCAAGAUCUAACAAAAAAUUCAAGAAGCAUUUUAUUUAUAUUUUUCAAGUAGGACUUAUCUUCAGUCUAAACAAUUACGUUCCAUUUGUAUAUCUUUUAUGGAUUGAUUUAUCCGAAAAGAACGAGGAAAUGAAGACCGAUAAAUAUGAAGACUCAGAAGUGUUGCGCUCACUGUUCGGGAAAAUUAAUCAGUUGGGAAAACGAGUCCCACGCAUGUUGCCAGCCACGAUACGUUUCGGGAAAUUUAAGAAUAUCUUCAUUGAACAGGAAUGUGCCAAACGCUUCCAGAAAAAGAUGCGUUAAGGAAGAUCUUCCGGAACCACUGCCAGAGAACCGAUUAGCCUGUCACGAUCAAUUUGCUAUAGCGAAGAAGCUUCAUGCAGAGAAUUUGGAACAUCAACCCCUUCCUGAUAAAGUCAACGAUUCCGUUUUCAAAGAUGUAAAAUCAGAAGAAUGUUGUGAUGGAAUCUCGCCGAAGAAAUGCUGUGAAUGUUGUAAGCAUGAAAUUGAAGAUCGUUUCAUGAGUUUGACUAAGCAUUAUGGGCCAGUUUUAGGCUGCAAGGAGCCCAAAACGAAGAUGGAUCUAGCUAUUUGUUGGGAAACUCCAAUAAAUCCAGUUUAUGAACCACCUAGAUCUACUCAUAUCGAUGGCUCAGAAGGUGGACUCGCGCCAGCUAUAUUUUCUCUUGUCCAACAUACUUCUAGACCCACCGCUCAUUCUAGAAUUUCGAGAAACGGGAAAGGUUGUACUUGCUGUCGAUAUCAUUGUAAAUUAGAGGGAGAUAAAAACGGAAAUAAAAAAGGGGAUUAUAAAAGUGUGAAAUGCUGCAGUGAUAGUCUUUGUAAUGGCUUGAAUGGAAUAAAAAUUUCAAAGCAGGUUCAAGUUGAUGAACGACCAACAGCAGGAUAUUUAAGGAAGUGCGUUGCCUGCAAAGACCAGACUAGAAAUACACGUGAAGAUCCUAGAUUGAUUAAAUCAGCCGUCGGAUUGGCAUUGGGUAUAGAAAAGGCUGAAAACAAUCAACAAAAAUGCGGAGGCAAGACAGCGGUAUCGAAAGUAAAAACGCCUUUUGCUAAAAAGUCUUCUUGCAUCGAUACUUUAGCUCCUCCAUUUAGUGUUGUUAAUGGAUGUAGAGACGCUGAUUUUCCAGAACAUUGGAGACUCAUGUCAGUUUAUCAACAGUCGUAUAGGAAUCCGUACAGACGAAAAAUUUAUCGUUGUUAAUUUGUAUAAAGUGAAUUAUGACGAAUUUUCUAUUUUAUUCUGUUAAAAAAGAUGUGAAUCUUUAUGUUACGUGAAGUAUUUAAAAACAUAUGUAAUAAAUUAAAAUGAAAAUUGAAAGUAAAAUUUAAACAUAUCAAUGUGGAUUUUAAUAUUUGAAUCAUAGGAUGGAUAUCUAACUUUUAUUUAUAUUUAUAACUAUAUUCUUCUGCUUUUUAUACUACUUAUAUUAAUAUAUUGCGGCGUGGUGGAAAUUCCUAAAUCCUGCGUGGAGUCCAAAAGAAGGCUUUUGUUUAAGUGUUCAAGAGCAACAUUUUGCAGUCGGUUCAAGAGAUCAGGAUACGGUGAUAUGAAUCUUUGAAAGUCGUGGCGAUAUAACACAAAGAUUUCACAAGUUUCCACCGCAACUAUGGUUGCUAUUCUAUGCUCGGUGUCCAUCACCAGAGCGAUCUCUCCGAAAUAACUUCCGUCUUCCAAGUGACAAACCUUUAUGUUUCGCACAACAAACAAAAAUGUAAACCGCUACGGUACCGGAUGAAAUGAAAUACAAGGCUUCACCACGAGUACCAGCUUUGACGAUUUCAUCGCCAGUCAUAUAAAUCUCGGAGUGUAAUGAACUCGUUAACUGUACGAUUACAGUUUCCGGUAGAUGCUUGAAUAAUUCUACGCUAUUAAUCAGUCUCAAAUAAUUAUGCAGUAUGAGUUCCUGGAGAGUAAAUUUUUAUUAUUAAAGUAUCUGAUUAUAUGUAUAUAUUCUCUUUUCUAUAUAUAUAGAAUAUUAAGAAGAAUUAUUGAUUCUAAAUAAUUUUAUCGAAGUAUUGUUAGGAUGGAUAAACCUCUCGUAAAUAUGGCGAAACUUCAUUUAUUAUUUUCUUAUUCCUUUCGAAGCUCUUUCUGUUGCGGUAAUGGUAGAAAGUUAAUAGCCGACGUUGUAGGGCAUGUGGAAGCUCCUUGUAUCGCAUGUACUCCUGUAACUGCUGUAUUAUUUUCAGGUGACGUUUGAUAGUUAUAUUGAAUGUUGUCAUUAGUUGAGAGAAUUGCGCUACAAGAAAUACAGUUACUAUUUGUAAAUCUAAAGAUAACACCUGGUAUAGGAGAUACUUACUUAAUAAAAAUACGUUACCAAGGAAUCCGAUGAUCGUUAGGAUCAAGUUUAGUAUAAUAUCUUCUUGCGUUUUCAUAUCCAAAUAGUGAGCAGAGCGAGCACAAGCGACAAUCGAACGAUGCAGGCACACGAGGUAUUUUUGUAUUUUCGUUUUUUUAAUUACAAAAUGUGAUGACUUGAUCCAAGAGCUGAAUAUAAACUCAGAAUUGAUAAAAAACAAAUUUAUUGAAUUGUAAAUACUAACUUAUUGCUUAAAGUGCCCAAUGUAUCUACAGAUAUGGGGACAUAAUAUUGUAGACAAGCAGCCCAAUGAAUGCAUAUUAUCACGACCGUGCACGACUCUAGAAUUUUAUGCAAUUGAAAACUUAUUCUGUACACCUGAAAUUACGAAAUCAUUCUAAUCAGCUAUUCAUUCGUCACGAUCUUCAAUGCGAACUAUGUACUAACAUCGCGAACUCUACUAAAAUAAACGAUGAUAUUGCGGACUCUCAAUAUCUUCAUCAUGUUUAAUGUAGUACAAUACCACAUCGAGUUAGGUAUAAUAUAAUCAAUGAAUCCUAUAGGUAACACGGUCAACAUGUCUAUGAAGAAAUAGCUCUGCAAGUAUUUCCUAUAUAAAAACAUAUAUUGAGAUUAUUGAUAAAAAAAAUUGAUUAGUGGUAAUGUAUAGCAUCGUUCGAUUAGAAUAUCAUCUAGAAAUGAAAAUACCGCGCUACUAUCACAGGGUCAAGGACAGUGACUUUCGUUCGAUAAUCAUAGUAUCCAGUAAAGAACCACAUUACAAUAUCGCAGAGAAACACUAUAUUCAUCGUGUCGUUAAUCACGUGCCAGUUAGUAUGUCUGUCAAAGAAAAACGUGAUGGACACUGGAGUAACCAAAAGAGCCACAAAUGUAAAUACAAUCAUUAACGAUUCCCAAACAAUCCUAUGAAGAUUAGGAUCAUUAAUAUGUACAUAUAAACUAUCAAAAGAAAAGAAUUUAAAGACAACCUGAAUAAACUAAAAGGAUGUAUCAU